ACUGCCUUUGACAGCAUCAGCCCCUUUUUGGCUGCACUGCCCCUUACAGCAUCAGCCCUUCCCUGGCUGCACUGCCCUUGUCAGCAUCAGCCAUCCCUUGUCUGCACUGCCAUUGACAGCAUCAGCCAUCCCUUGUCUCCGCUGCGCUUGACAGCAUCAGCCCUCUUUUGGCUGCACUGCAUUUGACAGCAUCAGACCCCUUGUGGCUGCACUUCCUUUGACAGCAUCAACCCUCCCCUGUCCGCACUGCCUUUGACAGCAUCAGCCAUCCCUUGUCUGCACUGCCCUUGACAGGAUCAGCCAUCCAUUGGCUGCACUGCCUUUGACAUAAUCAUCCCUCUUUUGGUUGCAAUGCCUUCGACAGCAUCACCCGUCCCUUGGCUGCACUGCCCUUGACAGCAUCAGCCAUCCUUUGUCUGCACUGCCAUUGACAGCUUCAGCCAUCCCUUGUCUCCGCUGCGCUUGACAGAACCAGCCCUCUUUUGGCUGCACUGCCUUUGACAGCAUCAGCCCCUUUUUGGCUGCACUGCCCCUUACAGCAUCAGCCCUCCCCUGGCUGCACUGCCCUUGUCAGCAUCAGCCAUUCCUUGUCUGCACUGCCAUUGACAGCAUUAGCCAUCCCUUGUCUGCCCUGUGCUGGACAGCAUCAGCACAGCCUUGGCUGCACUUCCUUUGACAGCAUCAGCCCUCCCCUGGCUGCACUGCCUUCGAGAGUGCCAGCCCUCUUUUGGGGUGCACUGCCCUUGACAGCAUCAGCCCUCCCUUGGCUGCACUCCCUUUGAUAACAUCUGCCCUCCCUUGGCUGCACUGCCCUUGACAGCAUCAGCCAUCCCUUGGCUGCGCUGCCUUUGAUGGCAUCAGCCUUCCCCUGGCUGCACUGCCUUUGACAGCAUCAGCCCUCCCCUGGCUGCACUGCCUUCGACAGUGCCAGCCCUCUUUUGGGUGCACUGCCCUUGACAGCAUCAGCCCUGCCUUGGCUGCACAUCCUUUGACAGCAUCUGCCCUCCCUUGGCUGCACUGCCUUUGGCAGCAUCAGCCGUCCCUUGGCUGUGUUGCCCUUGACAGCAUCAUCCAUUCCUUGGCUGCUCUGCCUUUGACAGCAGCAGCCAUUCCGACAAACGUUGACGCGUCGUUCAGGGGGCAGCCUGUCCCCCCCGUAAACCCAGCGCCAGCCACUCCAGUCACCUUGUGUCCUGCCCGUUGCUGUCCCUCUCUCACCAGCCAUGGCUUGGUGGCAACAAGCUUCACCCUUCCAGCCAUUACUGGGCGACACCAUCGCGAGGUUCACCGGCCAGCCAUCCAUUGGAUGUAACCCGCCCACCCGCCUCCCUCCAGGCAACCGCGCCUCGCUGCGGGUGUUUUUGAUGCCCGCACUGCCCUUUAAUGCAUUGUUUGAUGGUCACCGCCCACCGGGCUAUCGUUGCCGUCCGUCUCUGCAUUGUCAUGCACUUUCAGAGGUGGGCUGCAGGUAACAGAAUCCGGAGGCCUGCAAGGUCACAUGCACAAUGUCGGCCACAUCGAUGCACCCAUGCUCUAUGUGCAUGGUGGAACGGGAUGCGCUCGUAAACGUUGCACAACGGAGUGAGGAGUGGACGGUCGAGGGUCAGCGUCUAGCCUACCACAUGAUGGAAGGCCCCCCCCCCCCGGCACCCUGGAUGCCUUGAAGAGGACCUUCUCCACGCACUUCAUACAGUGUUUUCUCUGGGAUUGGGAGCUUUCCCACACUACCUAGGGGAAUCCGUACUUGAAAGUGGGCGUUGACAUCAUGCAUAUCGUGGACGAGGGCAUUUGGACGCAUGCCAUGAGGUGCCUACGGGGCGUGCUGACAACGGGGGAGCUUGACGUUUUGCAAGGGUGAGUCGAGUUGUGGUGAGUGACUUGCAACAGCCCCCCCCUCCUCGUCUUGUUUUCGUGACGUUCCUCGAGUGACACGUAUUUCUCAACCGCGGCACGAUACUCCGCUUCUGAGCAUUGAGCAAUGAUGCAAAUCAUGCCCAUUAUCAUCCACCUUCCGAGAUGGGCGGUGGUGGCUGAGGCUGUAAUCGCCUUUGUGUGCUGGUACAAGUCUCUGUUCCAUGUGGAAUACCACACGGACGCCACUCUGGACGCGGCGGAGGCGGAAACCCACAGGUAACUACCAGUCGCCACACGCCCUCGCCCUUUCCUUCCCUCCUUUACUAUGCAGCCCUCAUAUCCCCCUUUUUGGCCUGCCGAUGCCCUUUUCAGCACUAUUGUUUUGGCACACUGUGGUUGCCGCGGGGUUUGGUUUGUCGUAUUUGGAUGCGCCUCUGCAUCGGUUAGUUCAUGUGGGCCAUGCUGGCGGCGCCACUGAAUCCCCCAUCACCCUGUCUGUACUCAAUGUUCCCAAGUGCUGUGGCCUACCCGAUUACCAUUGGCAGGGUUGUGGCCCUCUUGACGAGGGCAUUCCCAAAUCAGUCGUCCCUUUGGCAGAUAAUCAAAGUCCAUAUGCUAGCCCACAUAAUUCCCACCAUUCAAAUGCAUGGGCUAACCAAGGAAUACAACUUUAAUCUGUACGAGCAUUCCCACAAAAACACUGUCAAACGUCCCUCGCGCAACACCAACUGGGUGAACGUAACAGGGCAGAUCAUCCGCCGCCAUGUGAAUAUGGCCACCCUCAAGGAGCUCACCCGCGAAGUGGGUGGCGAUCCCUCCUACGAGACUGCUAUGAGGCAGGCUACGUUGCUCAACCGGCGAGUUUUGACACGCACUAGUCGGCGCAUGGAUGUCGGGGACCCGCACGACACGGUCCUUGAGGAAUACACCCAGCAGCUUGGCCCUGCACUGAUGAGCAGACUCCCUGGCGCCCUGCGGCGCGCGCACAUCGCGUCCAACAGCCUCCAGGUUCACACGUCGCUCGCCAUUCCCCCCCAUGACCGCAUGGAAUGGUCGGCCCGCGGGCAGUUUAUUAAGGCUUCUCCAAAACAGAAGUGGUUCUCGCAUAUCCAGAUUGAUGCUGCCGGCACUGAGUGGUGGGGGCGAGCACUGGUGUUGUUCAAAGCGGUCCACGAGCGUGGGCAUGAGGUGCAGCGGGCGUUCAUCUUAUACUAUUCUGCUGCUCGUGGACCCUGCUCAGACACAGGGUGCACCCGCCUUCUUCCAACGUCUGGCCGUGAUGCAGUGGGUGUCAUUGAUGUUGACUCGAUUCUGGCUUGUGCGCACAUUGUUCCGUCGUUUACAGCCCGACCGUACCGCCUGGUCAACCGCUUUUUGUUCUAGCUUGUCUCAGGGUCUAGUUUUCACUCACUGGCUGAUGCUAUGUGGCAUACUUGAACCCCGAUCGAUGCCCCGUUACUUCAUCCGCGCUGACUGUACAGGCAUUUUGUUUCCAAUAUGUGGCAGCUAACUCGUUGAUCUUUGAUGGAUAACCCCUUUUGUGUUUUAUAUUUUCUAUUUGUUUGG